AUGGAUUUCGGUCAUGGCGACAGCGUCCGCCGCGACGGACGAGGGCGAAUCCGGCCGGGUUUGUUUGAGCGCGAGAAGAAAGCUGGGACAAGGGAAAGGGUCGCGGCGGUCUCCUUAUAUGGGGGUAGGGCAUGGAGGAUAGGCCGGAGCAUACCAGACUACUCCGAGGUUCACGGCGGGUUUAUGAACUCGUCGUCGGAGGGCAACUCGGGGUCCGCCGCCGAGGUCGGCUGCGUGGGGGAGGUCGUCAAGCACGAGCGCUUCGCCGAUGACUGGUUCUUCCUCAUCUGCAAGGGCCAGCAGAGGUUCCGCGUCGCCCGCGUCGUGCGCACCAAGCCCUACCUCGUCGCCGCCGUGCACUGGCUCGAGGACCGCCCGCCCGCCAAGCCCCCGGCACACGAGGAGGACGCCGAGGCGUUGGCCACCGACGUCGAGGCCCUCAUGCGGGAUGUCAUACACAUCACCAACCGCCUCAACGGUAAGCCCGAGAAGGAGGUCGAGGACUUGCGCAGGGGCCUGUUCCUCACCCCCUUCUCCUUCUAUGUCGGCAACACCUUCGAGGGCGCACCCCGCGAGCAGCAGGCGCUUCUCGAGCUCGAGGACACCGCCGCUAGGCUGCGCAGGGAGCGGGACACGCUGCGCAACACGCUCAACUACCUCACCACCGCCUCCGCCGUCAAGGACGCAUUCCCAUCCUCGCCGUCUUCGGGGUGAGGUGAGGUCGUCACUUGUCAGCUAGGAAUGGAUGACGAUAAGGGCUCUGUGGUCGAGGCUAUAGGAUAAAACUUUGUUAUCACUCUUCGAAGCCCUUUUUUUCUUGGCAUUUUUUCUUAUUAUAUUUUUAUGGCUAGGUUCUAUCUGCAUAUGUUAGCAUUCUAGCGUGUAAAAUUGUAUAACAUGGUGUGUGUCAACUCAAGAAAAUUUGGAGCUGUGAUAUAUAGGUCCUUGAUAAGGACGAGAAUUUUGCUCUCAGAGAGUGACUCA